GCUAUGAAGUAAAACUUCGGAGGAAAGUCAACAUGAAUGAACGUGCUAGGAUUGCCGAUCUUGAUCGUGAGAAGUCCACUCAAGAUAAAAUGGUGGCAUGUUCUCCAAAUUACCCCACUUCAGGAAAAUGUGAAUUUAUAGGGAUGAAUCACAGGGAUGGUCUGGAAAAGGACAAUAAAAUGGAGCAGAGCUUACUAGAGGAAGGAAAUCAAAUGUGUAAGGAACAAAAAGAAUCAAAAAAAUCCAAAGUAGGGUUUAUGGAUCCUUUGGUCACAAACAACCAAAAGAAAGGUGAGGCCUGGCUUGACCUGAGGACUUCUGAGGAAGAGAGCAAGGGCUGUUCUGGCGCUCUCAACACUGCUCUUGAAGAACUUGCCAAAGUUAGUGAAGAAUUAUGUACCUUUCAAGAGGAAAUUCGAAAGCGGUCUAACCACAGAAGGAUGAAGCCAGAGUCUUUCCUCCAGGAAAUGCCAAAUGUAAUUAAUCUGCCUCAUGGAGACCGCAUGAUCAACAAUGGCCAGUGCAUUCUUCCAAUCAACUUAGAAAAAGAAAAACAGAAAUAUGGAAAGAAUCUAAGUGGUAAUCAUAUUCUCCAAAACAAUUCUAUGCAAAUAUGUGGAAUUGAUGCAAUCAAUAUGCAACAAAAUGAAAGUCCACCACUUCCUCCUCCAAGAAGCACAUCUCGAAAUUUUCCCUGCUCAUAUGCUGAACAAGCCCAUGGAAGUUUAAAGGCAAAUUUAGACCACAACACUUGGGUGGUACCAGAAGGUCAAGGUGAAAGGAACUGCAACCCUCAUUUCCUUCUGAGUCACAAUGAGAUGCCUGUGUGUUGUUUAAAUGAAGGGAAGACUUCAAAAGAUAGCAUCGUGUGUUCUUCUUUGGCACCAGAAGCUAAAACACCUAACAAACCUCUGGGUAAUGAAAAUGCUGGACGUAGCAUGUGGUCAUGUGACAUUGGGAUAGGUGCAAAAAAUAGCCCUUCUGCAUUGUGGUUUCAGAAAACCUGCUCUACUCCCCAUAAACUCAAGUAUGAAAAGGUCAUCCCAGAUCACCCUGCUAAAUCUCAUCCUGAACUUCAUAAGAGCAAUGACUGCUACUCCCCCAUGACGCAGAGCAGUGGCCCAUUUAGAAGUUUCAGCUGUGGCUUUGAACGGACUACAAGGAAUGAAAAGCUGGCAGCAAAGACGGAUGAAUUUAACAGAACCGUAUUUAGGACAAAUAGAAAUUGUCGUGCAAUAGAGCAAAAUCAAAGCUACUCAAAAUCAUCUGAAGGUCUUAAGCCCUCUGAUACCUUAAUUACAUGCACAGGUAACAUAUCAGAAAAUGACAGUGUAUCUGAUAUUCUGAAAACUAGUGCCUACAUACCUGUGCCCAGGGAAAACGUGUCUGAUAAUCCCACCAAAAAAUCCACCACAGGCUUAGUCAGGCAAAUGCAGGACCGCUUGAGUCCUAGCAGUUAUCGAAACAUGCUUCAUGAGCAUGACUGGAGACCAAGUAAUUUGUCUGGCCGACCAAGAUCAGCUGACCCCAGGUCAAAUUAUGGUGUUGUGGAAAAGCUGCUGAAAACCUAUGAGACACCAACAGGGUCUGCAUUGCAAAAUUCUCAAUGUUUCCAGAAUAAUUGGACCAAAUGUAAUUCUGACAUUGGUGGUGGGGCCACGUCAAGUCAGCACUUAGAAGUGCUCCAAAUAGAACAAGAGCUUCAGAGAAAGACAGCUCUGGGUGGGGCACAAGUGAAGCAAGGAGUAGAUUGGAGAAAGAUAACAAAGGAAUCCAUGGCAGUGAAGUCCUCACAAGGAAAAGGGUUUUCCCGACCUGCUAGGCCAGCAAAUCGCCGUCUCCCUUCCAGAUGGGCCUCGAGGUCUCCAUCGGCGCCCCCUGCCUUGCGGAGAACUGCCCAUAAUUACACUAUUUCUCUCCCAUCUGAAGCAUCAAUGGUCUGAGUCUCUGGCCUGAAUUGCUAGAUUACAAAAAGUCCCAGUUGCCAAACAGAGCAUCCUGAGUGUUUGCAACCAAUCCUCUCUCUUCUGUAUCUGUCAAGAUCACUGGGACAAGCAAUUUAAAUCUUACUCCCAUCAGUCUUCAGUGUUUUUAUUCUAUGGAAAAAUUACCUUUCUGUAUUUUGAUUUCUUAGAUCAAAUUUUUUAGUGCCAUCCUCAUUACUUUGCUGAUAUGAUAAGUUGAAACAGUGUAUUAUAUUGUAUAUUCUAACUUUCUUGCAAGUGUCAGAAAGCAAGAUUAUGUGCAUGGUCAUGUGUUUGUAGGUGCAUGAGUUGAAAUAAGACAUAUCUUAGUAUGUAUUUAGAUAAGAAAAACAUAUGUGCUAGUGUUGACUUUGAAAUUAUAACAUGUAUACCUAUACAUUCUUUGUGUUUAUUUAAAAUUUUGAAAAUAUACAGUAAUACUGUUUAUAUUUUGUAUACCUUUUAAUGGGUAUCCACAUAAGGCAUUUGAGAUACAUGUACUAAUUAACCACUUCCUUGGCCCCAAGUACAUUGAAAAAUAAGAAUUAUACACAUCUCUAAUAUUGAUAGAUUUCUAUAUACAGCUCAUAGUUUCUUAAUCCAUAUAAGAUUAAUACCAUUGAUUUCCUUGUUAGCUCUUUUAAGUAAAUUGUCAUAAGUUUUAACAGAUCAGACAUCCAAAGGAAUGAUAAAAUGUUCACAAAGCCUUUUACAUACCAUUUGGUAGUCAAUUAUGGCUUUAACUAUAUACUUGAGACUGCCUUAUAAGCAACGUGAUUAAAUUAGUGCAUUUAUUUUGCCAACUUCAGUAACAAACAUUCCUUAAAGGGAUAUGAAAAGACAUUUAAUUAUGCUGAGUUCUACCUUUUUUGCUUUUAGUUCAUCUGUUUUAUUUAGAGUCACAUAUAUCUAGAGGUCAGUCAUUUACUUUUUGCUUCAAAUCUUUUCCCUAAAAUUAGUAGCUAAAAGGCUGAUUCAUUUUCUUAUUUAACAAGGAAAAUCGAGAACAACAUUUCGCUGACAGCUAAAUUAUAUUGUAUUUCUUACAGUAUGUGACAUUAAAAAGAAAGCCUUAAACUAAACUUUGGCAUCUUUGAGUAGCUUAAGGGAUGGAAAUACAUAUUUUGGCCACAAUUUGCAUAUAGAAAACAUAUUAAAAUCUAUAUUGAUAACUGACAGAAAUGUGAAUGUUGAGGUGCUUGAAAUUCUACUAGGAAGACCUUAGCGGUAACUUUGCUUUCCACUGUCUCUAUAUAAAACCAAUUUUGUUAUUAGAUAUUACAUAAAUGUAAACUUUUCUUUUAACUACCAAAAAAAGUUAGGAAAUUCUUAUAAAAAAAGUUUUCAGAGACUUCUUAUAAUAUAGUCUAACAACUUAGAGAAAUUCACAUCAUUAUGUACCGUAACUUGAGAUAAACUAAAUAAUUUUCAAAUCCCAGAUUGCCUUAAAAGGCUCACGACUGUUGCGUGGUGAGGGACAGAUCAUCCUUUCCAAUAAGAAAAGUGUUCAGGAGUUGAGCUGAAUUUAACUUCUAGCAUGUGAGUUUGGAGCAGAUGGUAAGUAAGGUAUAGAGAUCGACUCUUAAUUAUUUGUCCUUCAGGAGUAUCUUUUUUCCAUAGAAGCCUGUCAGAAAAGUAACCUUGACAUCAAAUGGUGUCACUCAUGUAGUAUACUUUCCAUACAGUUGGGAGACUGGCAUAAAAUGAUAGAUCUGUUAGGAAAAUGCUGCUAUGUGUAGCAUUGGAGUCUGCCCAAGAACCAUGCCACAUAUUUACUCAUUCUUCAACAUCAUUCUACCCUAAGUAGUAUGAUGUGUAUCUGUGGUUCUUACAUUUAACUACAAGUCAGAAUGUUGAAGAUCUCUUUUAAAAAUUAAAUUCCUACUCAAACCCCACAGUUACUAAAAUUGAAUUUGCAGGGGUGAGAACAGGGACUCUGAAAUCUUUAAUAAAACAAAGUAAAACAUUUGAUGAUUAGAGAAAUUUGGAAGUAGUGGCAUUUACUGAUACCCUAACGGAUGGGUACUAUUGGAUAGUCAAACAUUACUUCCCUAGGACUUGGCCUUUGUCAUUGGUAAAUUGAAAGAGUUGUAUUAUCAGACUUCAUAAUUCUAAGUCACUUUUUUGAUGACCAUUAUAAUGAAACAGUGGGACACAUCUUAAUUUAUUAUAUUGACUAAAAUCAUAGAAUAUUAGGACUGAAAAAAAGACAUCUCCUCCAACUCUUGAUUGUAAAAAUGAAGAAACUAAACAGAUUAUUUGAAUGUCCUGUUUUCUCUUUUAAAAUAUUUUGUAUUUUUAAUGGAAAACCCUAUCAGGUAAAUGGAAAUUAUCCUUGAAAAAUAUUUUUGAUGUAUUGUGAUUUUUAACCAAUAGUUUUUCUACUUUGGAUGAGCAUUUUCCUCUCAAUAAUAUGCACUUCAUUAUGCCAUUAUUGCUGAAUUUGAGGGACUUGUGAACAUUUUACAAAUAUUUAAUUAGAAGCAUUUGUGUUAAUGGACAUCUUCUCUAUCCCAGAAAAAGGUCUUAUAAUAUUUCAUCUAAGGAUUACUGAUUUGGGUUGAUCUCAGAAAGGAGUAAGCAGUGAAGAGAGAGUUUCUCUGUGCACAGGCAGACUUGUCUGUUUCCUUGCUAUUUAACUUACUAUACAGUGAGACCUCACUUACCAUGACAGAUAGGUUCUUGGGAACUGGUUAAGUGAAAUUACAUAUAAUGACACCAGGCCCUUGAGUAAUGUAGUUUUGUUCAACGGAAUUCUUUUCUUAUCAACAUUAAAACUUAACAAUGUUAUUUCAGGGCCUACUGUAUUACCUUAUGUCCAAAGCCAAAUAUAAAUACUUUUAAUAAUUCACUUUAUCAAAAAUUAUUCAUAACUUCCAUUAGUUUUUGCAUAGACAGUACAGAUGACCAGUUACAAGCAUCACAAAAUAUGAUUUAGUAUUAUUAGAGGAUUUAGCCAGGCUCCAUGGCAUCUGUAGAAAAUUUCUGGACCUAAAAGUGAGAAUCUGUUUCCAUAAAAUAAGAAUCUUUUAAAAAUUAUUUUACAUACAUUUGUUGAACAGCAACUACUUGAUGUUGAAAUCUUCAGCCAUUGGAAGCUAGCAUGUAAAACAGGCAUGGAAACACCUGCUGUGGCAUCUGUAUACACUGAGAACAUUUUGAUUUCCUGAAGUGAUCUCCAGUAAAGGUGAGAGCUGUGUACAUUCUAAACUCAAUUAUGUGCACAUUUCAACACAACUUCUCCCAAAAUGUCUCUAGAUAGUGGAAAAUAAAAGCAAAACCUGAUAUCCUGCAGCUGACCACCUACAACCCAAUGUUUUUCAUACAGUGAUAUUACUUUGUACCUACUAAACUGCUAAUGGAGUCUAAGUUUUGAUUGAAAAGACAACUUAACUCCAUACUUUGUACUGAUAGGAUGAAAUUAGCUAACAAUUUUAGGCAAGUUUAUAUUUUCAUUUUACUACUAUUUUGCUUCCAGUUCUGUAUUUUUAAUUAGCAAGUACCUUUAUUGGAAUGUAUGACUAUGACUUAUUUAAUUUCCUGGAACCCAUAAAAUAUACCCCUUCAAAAAAACUGAGCUUCAUAAAGUAAAAAAUUAAAACAAAUUUAAAAAAAGAUUCAAGAGAGGAUUCUUCAGGCAAGUGCCAAAGAUAACUUCUACCCAACAUUUUUUAC